AUGAAUUUGACUUGUGUACGUUUAACAUAUUCGAUUGAUGUAACACGUUCAUCUAGUUUAGCUGUUUAUCAAUCAUUUUUAAGACUUAAUGUAAUACUAGCUUUAAAAGGUUUUAUAGAAAAUAAUCCAUUAUUUAUAAAUAAAAGUAUUUCAUAUUGUUGUAAUGAAUUUGAUGGAAAUGGUUUUUGGGGUGAUCGAUAUUUUGAUGUUGAACAAUGGAUUGAUGGUUUGAUAUUUAUGGCUAAAAAAACCAUUAAUCGUCCAUAUAUUAUUGGAAUGAGUUUGAGAAAUGAAUUACGAGGUCUAAGACAAAAUCUAUCAGAAUGGUAUUAUUAUGUCUUACGAGGUAUUGGUGAAGUCAUAUCAUCAAUUAAUUCUCGACUUUUAAUAAUUAUUUCUGAUUUGAAUUAUGAUCUUGAUCUAUCAUUCAUUCGAUUAUUAUCAAUACAAGAACUUGUGCCAUAA